AUGACAUGCCUUGUCACGGCCUGCCGCGGGCUGGAUCUGCAUACCCGCGUCUUGCUGGAGGUGGAACGCAACGUUGGGGCCGGGGGCAGGCAUCCGCAGACGUUGGUGAGAGAUGAAGAUGCUACUCUGUACGGAUACGGAUACGAUACUCUCCCGUCUCCGAGCCACACGGGGAGGAACGCAGCCGUUCUCAGCAAUCAGACAGAGGGAAACGCGGCACGGGGAGGAGUCCAAUCGACAGGGUUGGGGCAUGCCCAGCUUGCUUCUGGGCUGAGCGAGAUGGUGAAGAAUGGAGAGGCGGACGAGGAGGACGAGUGGGAAGAAACGAAACAAGAAAAUGGAAGGCCAACGGGCGCGGCGUCAGCAGCCGGUGUCGUCGGUACGUGCCUUCUACUCUGA